GGCAAAAACCUAUAAGAAUGUGUUGUUUUCCUAUCCUUCAUCCAUCAUCUCAUCUUCUCUACAUUCAUUACAUUCCUUACAUUCCUUUACAGGUAUCCCACGUUCAUUACAAUCCAAUCAAAAAACCUCAACCACCGUCAAAAUGCAAUUCACAACCACCACACUUAUCGCCAUUCUCAGCGCUCUCGCAGUUGCAUCUCCUAUCGAGCCACGUCAAAAUGCAACGGCGCAACAAGAACGCCUCUGCACUUCGGCUAUUGACACAGCCAUGUGCUGUCAAACCACUCUUGCUGGUGUUAUAAACCAGACCUGCACAACUCCUGCCAUCACACCUAUUAACAAGCAAGCGUUCCGAGCAUACUGUGCUGCUCAAGGACAAGAUUCUUCAUGUUGCAAAACUCCUCUUGUAGGCGAUGGAGUUAUCUGUACCCCUCCUUAAAUGGGAGGCCGAUUGUGAUGGAAGUCUGAAAUUGUGGAGAUCUGGAUGGUUUUUGCGAAUGAAAUGAAAAGUUUGGUUGAAGGGUAUGGCUUGGUGUACUGUAUGAUUAUUGAGGACGGACGCAUAUUUUCUCUGAUUUUGGAUGCCAUUUUGAAAGGAUGGAGGAAAUCUUAUUUUUGUAAUUUGUCUUUAGACUGCUUUGUCAAUUGUUAUAUAAACGAAAUGUUUCAUGCACA